CAGCAGCAGUGUGAGGACUGCAGUCCCACAGACAGCAGAGAUGUCCAUGUUCAAGAGGUUCUUCAAAGGCAUCAUCCGCAAAAGAGACGACGAGGACGACAACGACGACAGAGACACUGACCACAAGCAUAAACCGAAGCCGUAUCACGGAACCGUCGUCCCGUACCCGAACUUCAGCGCCAGCCACGACGCUUCGGUUCUGAACAGCGCCAUCGAGAGUAAAGGAGUGGACGAGGACGUGAUCAUCGCAGUCCUGGUGAAGAGAAGCAACGAGCAGCGGCAGAAGAUCAAAGCUGUCUAUGAAGCGUCCACAGGGAACAGACUGGUCCGGGAUCUAGAGUCAGCUCUGCGGUCAGACCUGGAGGACAUCACUCUGGCUCUGCUCAUGACGCCGGCUCAGUUCGAUGCUUACCUGAUCAGGAAAGCCACCAAGCGUCUGGGGACAGAUGAGGACGUCCUGGUGGAGGUUCUGGCGACCAGGACAAACCAAGAGAUCCGAGACCUUAAGAGAGCCUUCAAAGAAGAGUACGACACAGAUCUGGAAAGUGUCAUCAGGGACGAGACUAAAGGCGACUUCACUGAGGCUCUUCUGGCCAUGCUGAGGGCAGACAAGGACGAGAUCACUCACAUCGACAUGGCUCAGGCCAAAAAGGACGCAGAGACUCUGUUCGAGGCGGGCGAACAUCCGCAAGGAAUCAACGUGUCCACUUUCAUCGACAUCCUGACCAAGCGCAGCGGGCCGCAGCUCUCCAAGACAUUCCAGAUGUACGCCUCAGCCAGUGACGUCAGUUUACCUAAAGCGCUGGGCAUGGAGCUGAGGGGAGACAUCGAAGAUUGUCUGAUCGACAUCGUGAAAUGUGCCUGGAACAAAUCAGCUUUCUUCGCUGAGAAGCUCCACAAGGCCAUGAAGGGCUACGGCACAUGUGAGGACACGCUGAUCCGGGUGCUGGUCAGUCGCUCUGAGGUCGACCUGAAGAAGAUCGUAGAGGAAUACAGGGCCAUGUAUGAUAUAAGCCUACAGGAAGAUAUACUGCAUGACACUAAGGGACAUUAUCAGAGGGUCCUACUUGGACUGUGUGGACCCCACUGAACGUCUGCCAUCACUGCCGAUCAAGAGUCCACAGAAACCUGGAGACUGCCAUCUUUCUAAAUAAUAUGACAGGAUGUGAAAAUGUUGUCUUUUUAAAUAUUAAUAAAACAAAAACAAAAAGCAAAAAAAAAAAUUCUACAUUUUUAGUAGUUUUAU